AUGCGCUUGCCGACACUGGCACUGGCUACCUGGCUGGUGAUUGGUAUCGGUUUCCUCUCCUCAAUAAGCGCCCACGCCCAUCGAUCAGUCUCACCCCGACAAAACGACGGCGACGACGGAAGAAACAAUGUCUCACCUACCGUUAGCAGUCUCGAUGCUGUCCUGCCCAGUGCUUCUCUACGUGGAGGAGUCGACUCCAGCAUAUUGCUGUCCAUCACCACCUCGAGUAACCAGGCGAGGGCGACAAGCAACCUGCCGAAGGCUCCCGCAAGUCCGCCUUCGAGUCCCCCGCCAAACGCGCCCCAGCCAUUCGACACGAGUAUGUCGUACGCUUUGCCGACGGAAUGUCUGGGCUUCCUACUGGGAAUGAUAUCCAACCCAAACUUCAUAUCAUGCCUUCCCUUUUCGCUCCUCCUGACGACCUCAUCCGGCUUCAAUUCCAGGAUCCAGGCAGCGGCGCAAACGCACAACUACACAUACCUCAACGAUCUCAUCGCCUACACGGGCUCUCCUCAGCCGUCGGCGGAUACUUGUGAUGGUUACAUGACUGAUUUCGCGAAAGAUUUGAGAAGGAAGCAAAACUGUGGCUCUGACCAGAGCAAUACUGGUGUGGUCAUGCAAGCGCGUCGCGGGCUGGGCAAUUAUCACGUAAUGCGAACAGCGGCAACACUGGUUCACCCAGAGACGGGAGUGUACUGCUACAUCGACGCGUUGGCCAGCUCCAAGCCCGACGACUUGUACUUGUGGAAACUGCCAUCGGGUAACAUGUAA